GCAAAGGAGUUGUGACAGAAAGAUGUUUACUGCAGUUUAAUACCGUUAACUUUCCAUCAUUUGGACCACGGGACGGUCAGGGAGCACUGCUAGUUUCACAAACGAUAGCAAACACGGAACUGAAAAUGCAGACUGUACGAAAACGUCGAGGAAACGAUUCACAAACAACACAAACUAGCACUCCUGGCGGUGUGAAGGAAAUCGUGGCACAGCAGAAAAGGCAGCACUUCCACUCCGACCUGUGGUUCUGCCUGACUCUGCAGAACUGGAUACUGGACUUUGGAAGGCCUAUUGUAAUGAUUAUCCUUCCUCUGGAGUGGUUUCCCCUCAACAAGCCCAGUGCUGGAGACUAUUUCCACAUGGCAUACAAUGUCAUCACACCAUUUCUAAUGCUCAAGCUGAUCGAGCGCAGUCCACGAGCAUUGCCUCGCUCAGCGGUCUACCUCUGCAUUAUCACUUUUGUCAUGGGAGCCAGCAUCCACCUGGUGGGAGACUCCAUCAACCACCGGCUCAUCCUGAGUGGCUACCAGCUCCACCUGUCAGUCAGAGAGAACCCCAUCAUCAAAGACCUCAAACCUGCCUCUCUGAUCGACUCCUUCGAGCUGCUCUAUUAUUAUGACGAACAGCUGGGACACUUAAUGUGGUACAUUCCUUUCUUCAUCGUCCUGUUCAUCUUUUUCACUGGCUGCUUCACCAAGGCCAAAGAACAGAAGAAGAUUCCCGUCUCUGGUUGGCUGUUGCUGGGACCCAGCGCCCUCUACUAUUGGUACUUGGUCACUGAGGGACAAAUCACUGAGCUUUUCCUCCUCACCUUCCUUGCCAUGGUUGUCAUGGUGUUACACCAACAGCGCAAAGGCCUCAGCCCAGACAGCAACGGCCUGUUCCUGUUCUGUAGUUUCAGUGUGACUGUGCUCCUGGUGGCACUGUGGGUGGCCUAUCUGUGGAACGACCCGGUGCUACGCAACAAGUACCCCGGACUCAUUUAUGUGCCCGAACCUUGGUCCUACUAUACCUUACACAUCAAGAGCAACCACUGAUAUAUAUCUGUUCAGGUCUGUAUGCUUGUGUUUGAAGAAGGUGCUGUGACAUCAGAAGACAUUUACGUAAGUGUGAACUGACUGAUGCAUAUGUUUCUUUCUUCAGCAGUUUUUGUGUAACAGGUCAUGGCUACACUCGGACAGUGACUAUGUUUAUGUGCUCACUAAUAUUCCACUUUUAUUACAAAAGUAUUACGGGUCAUGUAAACAUAUUCUUUUUGGGUAUUUUUAAUUCAUCCUUAUCCAGAAUAAAGAAAUUUCAGAUUAGGACGUGGGAUUAGGGUUGGGACU